AUGGCACGUGUUGGAGCCCGGGCGGUUGCUCUCGCCGCCGUGGUCGGCGCAGCCGUAUGGACCCAGUCCUGCUUGAAGGCCUUCUGCGGUGGCGGGUUGAGCCGUCCUGAGGGAGCCGCCGUUGCCCGCAAUGGAUGGCGCCUGGAUAAGAUGGAGGUCGGCCCCCAGGGCAUUGGGCAGCUCGUGGUUGCUGAGGGCUUCUUCAUUGGAGAGAAGGACAUGUUCAAGAUCUGCAACAAGCAGGGGCGUCGCUACCGCAUGCGUCCUUUCGCGGAGGAGCGCAAAACGGACACCACCCUCCCUGGCAUCUUCCAGCUCGGACCUUUCAAGAUCCACCUCGAGCAGGCCUUCCGCGGUGGUGCUGGCUCUCAUGCACUCUUUGCAGAUCGUCCCGAGGGCUAUUCGGGCAACGGUGGCACCGCCGGCUGGGGUGAGGACAUCCCCACGCGCAAGGGCGGCUACGGCAGCCGCUGA